GCCGCCUUUGGCGCCUGCAUUCGUUGUUGGCACGGGCUACUGCCGCGAGGGUGGCCAACCGGACGUCACUUUCGCGGUAUCGCGAGGUUGCGAGUCCUUGUUCGAAUGCACGGCGCUCUGCCAAGGCGAAGUGACUUGCGCAGCCAUCGCGUGGACGGCUAGCCCUGCAGGGAUGCGGGGCUUCCGCGUUGCGUGCGCUACCUCACCAGCUCCGGUCAGGCGGCGGCAGGGACCUCUGCUUACGCGCAGGAGUACACGUGCUACUCCAUGCUGCCACUGCCGCCCACAUCCGCGCCAGACGGCCGCCUCAGCCGGUCGGACGCACGCUGCGCCGCCCACGUGCUGCGGCACGACGCUUCGCUCGAGACAUGCCACGACCUCAACCGCGACGGCCACAGCUGCGUCUACUACAAGGCUGCCACCGACACCGGCUCGUGCUCCGCCUUUUGCGAGCGCACCGGCACUUCCUGCGUCAGCUCCGUCUACAUGAGCUCGUCCACCGAUUGCCGCGCGAGCAGCAAGGUGACGUGCGGACGGCGUCACUCGUUGGCGUGCGAGUGUGCCGCGCCCGAAAGCAGCAGCGCCGAGGACGAGCUUCGUUGGGAUUUCGCAGAUCCUUUGCCGGCGGACGACGGCGACGCGGACACCGAGCAGUUGCUCUUGGUUGCCAUGCCCGCCUCCGCGCUUCUGUUGGUUUGCGCCGGCGCCGCGACUUGCUACAAGCGCCACGCCACGCGCCGCCGGGCGUUAUCUGGCGCCUCCUGCUGCCCCUUCCCCGCAAAGGCGCGCCGCGGCCCAUCAACUCCCCGCGUCUCGGAGGUCAGCCUCUCGAUCGACUACUCCGAGCGUCGAGCGAGCGCGCUAGGCGGGGGCGACGGCUUCAGCCCGGCUCGCGGGAGCGGCGUCCUCAGCAUUGCCCACGCUAGCGGCAUCUCCCUCUCCGACUCCGACGCACACCCGCUCGAUGUCGAGCCUUGCCCCGCCACCCCGCCCCCCGCCUACGUUGCGCCUCUCGCCGGCGACGCCUCUUGCAGCCCGGUCUCCGCCCUUGCACGGCGGAUACUGGACAAGGCCGGGGCGACGCCCGAGGACCGCUGCUCCCCCGAAGAGCUGCGGGCGGCGGCCGCCGCCGCGGCCGCC